CCACAACGCAGGAUCAGAAUGCUACUUCCCUGCCAUGCCCUAGCUGUAGCUGCCAUCCAGAUCUUCGUCUUCUCAGAAAACUGGGCAUUUGCCAAGAACAUCAACUUCUAUAACGUGAGGCCUCCUCUUGACCCUACACCAUUUCCAAACAGCUUCAAGUGCUUCACCUGUGAAAAUGCAGGGGAUAAUUACGAUUGCAAUCGAUGGGCAGAAGACAAGUGGUGUCCGCAAAAUACACAAUACUGUUUGACAGUUCAUCACUUCACCAGCCACGGAAGAAGUACAUCCAUCACCAAAAAGUGUGCCUCCAGAAGUGAAUGUCAUUUUGUCGGUUGCCACCACAGCCGAGAUUCUGAACAGACGGAAUGUAGGUCUUGCUGUGAAGGAAUGAUCUGCAAUGUAGAAUUACCCACCAAUCACACAAACGCAGUCUUUGCUGUAAUGCACGCUCAGAGAACAUCUGGCAGCAGUGUCCCUGUGCCCUGUGUACCAGUGCUUAUCUGGGUCUUUGUGCUUCCAUUUCUAUGAUGCCACCAUUUCUUGGAGGGGCAGAGACCAGCCCUCUAAAACACAAACCAAAACCACUGUGCACAGUGAACUUUGGCGUGAAGACCAACCUCACAUGU